AUGAAACUGAUCGCAAUCGCCAUUAUCGCGUGCAUCCUGCUCAUUGGAUUCACCGAUCUAGCCAUGGGAUGCGAAUGUGAGUGCCAACCUUGUGGACCUGGUGGAAAGCCGUGUGGCAAGUGUCCCGAAAGGGACCAACUUUGUCAGCGGCUCAUACAAAAUAUUCGCUGUCUCCAGUCGGACGUCCGGCAGUGCGUCUGCGGAGAACCACAAUGGAUGAUUUAG